CCUUGCACACCACACCUUUCUGUGAACUCUCCCGGCCGGGCGCGGUUCCCAGGGUGGAGUUAUACCGCCUCUGCUCCGAGAACAACUACAACCAAUCUGCAUACUUAGCGCGGCCGUUACAGCUGUCGGUGCACUUUUUAUUUUCCCUCCGGGCCUGCGCUUCUCUGGAAGCCCGUUCUGUCGAUCCGUUCACAAGAGGGGCGCUGAGUUGGGAAGAUGAUGGCCCCGGAGCCGCUGCGAUCAGCGACAACCAUCCGGGUCGCGGAGGAUACUUCGCUCGCGCUGCCCUCCGACAACAAGUUGCGGUCGGGACAGCAGCGCGUGCUGGACCAAGUCCACAGCAUUAAGAGGAGCAAGUCCAAACACGGCAAGAGUGUCAGAGCUCCUUCUCCUACAAGUCCACCUCUGCCGUCUUUCACAAAACAAACAGAUUUCGCCUCGUUCAGAUAUUCUCCAUCCAAAGCAAAUGGCACCUUCCGCAGCAAAUCCACUAUGUCUGCUGGCACCACGAAGGAGACGAGUCGUACUCUAUCCACUAGAAAUUCUGGAGGAAGAUAUAUGAGUACCUCCGGUGUUUGGGAAGAGAAUAUCAGUGCCUCCACCUGGCCAAAGACUCCCAAUGGGAUAAAACCCAGUAAGAGUGACCCUGCCUUGGCUACACCUUUUUCUCCUGCCACUGGACCUGGCAUGAGAAUAAAAGGACAGAUGGCACAGGGCCAAAGCACCUUUCAAACUCGAACAAACAGACACAGUGUUUCAUCAGUGACUAACGGUAAUGCGAUCACCAGCAGCCAGUCGCGCAUAGUCCGGAUGCCCUCCACCCAGUCUCAACAUGAGGGCAAGAUGGGUACCAUCAAAAUGGAGAGUAAAUCAAUGAUGAACAUUCCAGACCUGACCCUAAAGGAGGCUGUAGAGUUUUUGGGUAGCAGUGAGGAAAGUUACCAGCAGUGGGGAGCAACAUUCAUCCAACACACCACCUACACCGACGAGUCUGCCAAAUCAGAGGUUUUCCAACUCGGGGGCAUUCCUACUCUGGUGGCCCUGCUGAGAAGCGGCAAUCCUCAGGUGUGCCAGGUUGCUGCUGGAGCUCUGAGGAACCUGGUGUUCAAGAACCAAAAUAACAAACUGGAGGUUCAGCGCUGUGGUGGUAUAGCAAAGGCCCUUCAGCUGCUAAAGGAAACAGAUUCUACUGAGACCCAGAAACAAAUUACCGGCCUGCUGUGGAACCUGUCCUCUGCCAACGAGCUGAAGGAAGAGCUUGCAGCUACAGCACUGCCCGCCCUGACUCAAUGUGUGGUGGUGCCUUACACAAGCUUGUCAGACAGCGGUCCGAGUAGCUACAUUGACCCCUCUGUCUUCAACUCUGCCACAGGGUGCCUGCGGAACUUGAGCUCUGGUCGGGGUGGACAGAGGCAGGCAAUGAGAAGCUGUCCUGGCCUUAUCGACUCCCUCAUGAGUUACAUGAAGUCCUGUGUGGCAGAGCAAAACCCCAAUGACUCGUCCUUGGAGAACUGUGCAUGCAUCCUCCAUAACUUGUCCUACAAACUGGAGCAAGAGUCCCCCGUGAGUUUCAUAAACUACAACCCAAGUAGAGAUGCCCAACACGAGAAAAGCCCCACAAUUGGAUGCUUCAGCCCUAAGAGCAGCAAGGCCCAAAAGACGUUCUCCUUUGAUACUGUGGAUCGGGUGUUAAGCCCCCCAUCGGGUGUUAAGUGGUUGUCCCAUCCCAAAGCUAUAGACACCUACCUGUCCCUCCUGGAAUCGUCCGAGAACAAAGCCACUCUAGAGGCCUGCUGUGGUGCUCUGCAGAACCUCACUGCCAGCAAGGGAAACGGGUCAGAUGCUGUGAGCCAAAUUUUGGUUAGUAAGUCCAGAGAUCUGAGUCAAUUUGGACCUCUGCUGAAGCCAUCUAACCCGAAGCUUCAGAACACUGCCUUGUCCUUGUUGGGUAACAUGUCUCGGACCGACAGUUUGCAAGGCACCAUGGCAAAGCAGAUCUUGCCUCAGCUCGUAGAACUCCUGCAGGGUGGGCCCAGUCAGUUGGGAAAUUCUGACGAGUCUGUAGCAGCAGCUUGCAACACAGUGCUAAGACUGAUGUCAGCAAACAGUGACACCAGCAAGAAGGUCAUCAAUAAUGCCGUUAUUCAGUCGCUAUUUGACCUCAGUGAAGACAAGAAACUUACCAAGGGAAGCAGCGCAGCCUCGCUGCUGCUGUACAGCAUAUGGCAAGACAAGAAUUUGCAAAGCUCUAUGAAAAAGAUGGGGUUGACCAAAUCAGCCUUCAUCAACGACAACAUAACCCACGUGGUCUCGCAGCUCGAAGGACAGUGAUCGGGCGGGAUCGGCAGCAGUAACCGUAAAUGAUAGAAACCGACGUGUUCAGACACUGCUGUUGCCACACCCUUCCAACGAAGACAACAAAAAAAGAGAGAAAAAUGAUGCUUUUUAUUAAUACCAUCUGGAUAGAGCCUGACAAUUGCUGUUCAUUGAUUGAUGCUUUGUACAUAUUAUAAAGGAAAGAGUGCUUUUAAUUUUACAAUUAAUCCUGUGGUCUGUUUGGAAAUGUUUGCCUGUAUCUACGUAGGUAGGCUGAGAGUGCUUAAGACGUGUGUGUAGUGUGUGCUGAAACUGGCUUGUUUUAGGUUGCAAGUCCCCGUACACCAGGCAGCCACCGUACACCAGGCAGCCACCGUACACCAGGCAGCCACCGUACACCAGGCAGCCACCGUACACCAGGCAGCCACCGUACACCAGGCAGCGUGGAUUGACAGUGUUACCUGCAGCAGAAUGUUACUUGAUUCCCAUCACUGUCAAACGUGUCUGCACAACUACGACUACAUAACUAAAAGUUAUAUGCAGAGAGAGGUCUGAGCAGCCAAAUAUGAAAGCUUUCUGACAAAAAUCAAAGAAACAAAUAUGACUGUAUUUGUGGUAUAAUUGCAGUAUGUUGAGAAAUAUGAUUCAAAGAAGGUUGUUUCUUUUAAAAGAAUAAUAAUAUAUCCCCACCACAGCCCCAUUUCUUGAUUUCCUUUAGUGAAGGUAAUAGAUUUUCAUGUUGAAUGCACUAAGAAUACAUAAAAAAGGUCCAAGCAAAGAUUCACUUUAGCAGUACUUUGAUUUUCAAGGUUAGCAAAGAAGCGCUAUUUUUAAUGUACAAAUGCACUUUUAUUUUUUAUCAACAUUCUGUCACCCUAAAGAGUCAAGCACUAGUUCAACAUUUAAAUGUGUUUACUUGCUUUCUUUGACAUUAAUAUCAUGCUUUUGUUUGUACAUGAAAUAGAAGCUACAACUGGCAGCUCGUUAGCCUAGCAUGUAGACUGAAAACAAGCUCAGAGAAUAACUCAGUAGUGUCUUCAUUAUUCAUUAAACCACAUAAAACAGAAUUGUUGACAGUGGAGGUAAAUUACCUUCUCUUGUUUCCAGGGUUUGUGCUAAACUAAGCUAACUGACUGCUGGCAGUAGCUUCAUUAUAUACAGGACAAAGGUUAUCUAACUUUUCAAGCAGCUAUUAGCCGUGUAUUCAGUUUUGGACUCUAUCUUAGUACUGAGUGCUUGUCAAUAUUCACUUUUUUUAAUGCUAUAUAUAUUUCUUUUUUAAGUAUUGCUUUGUUUUCUUGUGGGGAACAGGGACAUGGAAAGACUGGGAUGUAGCACACAGCAUCUAGCACCCAUCACUUUGCCUCACUCAUGAACUAUGUGUAGAAAUUUGAACCAGCAGUAAAUUAUCAGUCAGCACUGUCAGCAGUUAAUUUGCUGGCUGACUGAGUGUUCUUUGACCAAAUUCAGAUAAAUGUUGUGGAGACAAUGAAGGGGUCGUGCCUUCUAACCAGCAUUUUAAUGAAUUACGAACUGUGCACCAGUCGAGGGAAGAGGAGCUGCUUUUACAAGUGUGUCAUGUUUAAUAGUUGUUUUUAUUAAAGCAGCUUACAAAGAGGUUAUUUGCAGGAUAUCUGCCGUCAUAACCGAACUGCCUGUUUAUUGAACACAGAUUUUAAAUUUUUGUAAAACUGAAAUGCUUUUGGAAAAACCACCAUUAAACGUCAUAAAACAUACCUGCCAUGAAACACGGUGGCAGGCAGCUAUGGGGCUUUCCCAGGGCCACAGGGUACAAGGCAGGGGGCUGUCUUUCUGCUUGGGAAAUGGUUGUAUUGAGGUUCAUUUGAUCAAUGUCAGUAUUUGCUUAGAAUGUAUAUUUUUGAGAAAUGUGUGUGUGUGUUUGUGAGGCGCAUAAGUAGGAGGCUUGUCUUUCACUCAGAAUAAAUAAAACAUGCCAAAAAUA